AAAUUGCAAUGUACGAAUCAAAAGUUACGAAAUGAAAUAAAUUGCAGAACAGUUUAAUUAAAUUUUGAACGUUUCUUUUUAUUUAUACGCUUUCUCCGAAGAAACCGUAUUUCUAAAUUAAAUUACACGGAUUCAGAUGAAAAAUCCGCUAUGGCAGAUACUGUGGAACAUUAUCGUAAUCAAAUAGCUUUGGCACGCACAGAAAUUAAAAAUUUAAGACAGCAGUUGUCGGCUCUAAAACAUGAACAUUUGAAAGAGAUCAAAUUGAUAAAAUCAGCUUUGAAUGGGCUGCGUUGCGGUAACUGCGCUGAAGCAGCGACCACACUCUUACCAAACAACAGCAACUAUGAACCAGUACCAUCACCAUCAACGUCAAACCCCAAUGAUGGCAUACUAUACAAGCCUAUUGGAAUUAUUGAAACCUCAUUCCAAAACAAGCGCGGUGUGCCUCGCCAACCUGUCAUCAUGGCCAAAGCCAAAGGCACAGUGAUCAUAGAUCCUAACGUGUUCAAUAAUCCAGAACAUGCUCUUAGUGGGUUGGAGGAGUUCUCUCAUAUGUGGAUAAUAUUCCACUUCCACGCUACAGAGAGUACGAGUGUCCCAGCGAAGGUGUCUCCGCCGCGGUUGCGAGGCGCGCGUCGUGGGGUCUUGUCUACGCGGGCGCCACAUCGGCCCUGCGCGCUUGGGCUCUCGCUUGUUAAGAUACAGAGCAUUGAGGGUAACAAAAUCCACUUUCUAGGAGUGGACAUGGUGAAUGGGACACCAGUGUUGGAUAUUAAGCCAUAUAUCCCUCAAUAUGACUAUCCCAGCAUGUUUGGAGACACCAUAGCGUCUAUGGAACGCCCCCCGACUGAGGGGAUCAGCGACGCUACUGAUGCUUUCGCCAGCUUGGUUGUGGAUGAUGAUGGAUAUGAUACAAGAAGUCUAAGUCCGCGUCUAACACACCCAAUGAGGAUCGACACAACGAGCACCCCCCCGCCACUGUCACGGUCUCCGUUCGAGGACGAGCUGCCGUCACCUGACCGACCCACUCUCAUGACACCAGUCUCGCCGUCAGACUCCCCGUCCAGCGUCGACAUACUUGAUAUCUCAGCUAGAUCCCCCAUAACACGACCAGACUCAGAAAGAGGCGCCCCGGACGGUCAAGAACGCUUCACGCCACCACAGUCGGCACAAACCAACACUGAUGGCAUCCGAAUAGCUCCCUGGAUCUCAAACCCCCCCGCACACGCUUACGAAGUCCAAUUCACAGAUGACGUCAUCCAAAGACUAAACGACUUAAUUGGGGAUAGAGCGCAGGUUUUUAAAACCAACAUACAAAGUCUGCUUUCAGAGGAUCCAAGGUCAAACUAUGUGAGGACUAGAUACCCCGAUCACGAGUACAGUUGUGUCCUAGAAGACUUGUCUAUCAGUUGCGUGUUCGACACUAGUUCCUCGGUCUGUACUAUCAUCGCCGUGAGGUCUGCAGAAGAUAUGCAGAGCUAGUUCCUUUAGGGUAAACUAUUGUCAUAGUUUAGUUGAUCUGAAAUUGUCAAGCACGUAAUAUAAAUUAAAAGCACAA